AUGCAUCUAGCAAUGGCGGCCAACGCUGUCGUCGCGCCGUCGCAGUUCCAACCCACUUCGCUUCUCCGGUCAUCCUUCUCCGGCGUCUCCGUUAAGCUCACUCCCCAAUCGCUAACCCUUUCGCGCUCGAAGCCCCUCACCGUCCUCGCCGCCACCAAGAAGGCCGUCGCCGUCCUCAAGGGAAAUUCCGCCGUCGAAGGCGUCGUUAAUCUGACACAAGAAGAUGAUGGCCCAACAACUGUUAGUGUUCGCAUCACUGGCCUUACUCCGGGGCUUCAUGGUUUUCACCUACAUGAGUACGGUGAUACCACAAAUGGGUGUAUCUCAACAGGAGCACAUUUUAAUCCUAAUAACUUGACACAUGGUGCUCCUGAGGAUGAAGUCCGUCAUGCGGGUGACCUGGGAAACAUAGUUGCUAAUGCAAAUGGGGUUGCAGAGGCUUCAAUUGUGGAUAAUCAGAUACCGCUCUCUGGCCCCAAUUCGGUAGUUGGAAGAGCCUUGGUGGUUCAUGAGCUUGAGGAUGACCUUGGAAAGGGUGGGCAUGAACUUAGUUUGACGACUGGAAAUGCUGGUGGAAGAUUAGCAUGUGGUGUGGUUGGUUUGACUCCAGCAUAA